GGGGAUUGUGGUGGUGAGGACACCAGUUUGGAAUUGACGAUGCAGAUCACGGUCUCAAACGCCAAAGGAAAGGAGUAUGGCACCGUGGAGGCCCAGCCAAAGGACACGCUCGCGCAGCUGAAGAAGCAGCUGCAAAAGAUCACUCGCUUGAGUAUCCACCGCCAAGGUUUGAAGCUCAAGACGACCGGCGACGCGUUCAAGAACUUGACUGGCGAUUUGGAAACUCUUGCGACACUCGGCUUCGUCGAAGGCACGAAUGCCCUUGUCGUCAAGGACUUGGGUCCCCAAAUCGGCUACCGCACCGUUUUCAUCUUGGAAUACCUGGGUCCCAUGGUGUUUGUGUUAUUGUACGCCACGCGCCCUGCGUUCCUCUAUGGUGCCAAGGCUGCAUCGCUUCCAUUCAGCAAGACCGCGACUUAUGGCAUUGUCGCGUGGACGCUCCAUUUCCUCAAGCGCGAGCUGGAAACAAUCUUCGUCCAUCGCUUCUCCCGCCCGACAAUGCCGCUCUUCAACUUAUUCAAGAACUGCAUGUACUACUGGUCGUUCGGUUUGAUCAUUGGGUACCCCUUGUGCCACCCUCUGUACCAAGGACCCAAGUCCGAGACCCAAGUCCUCAUCGGGCUCGUGAUUUUUGCGGUGUCUGAAAUGUUGAACUUCAGCGUGCACAUGCAAUUCCGCCUCAUGCGUACUCAAGAAGGAUCGAGCGCCCGCAACAUCCCCAAGGGUCCCCUUUUUGCCCUCGUGUCGUGCCCAAACUACACAUUUGAAGUGCUUGGAUGGGUGGGAUUCUCCAUCUUCACUCAAAUCGCUUUCGGCUACCUCUUUACGUUGGUGGGCUUCCUCCAAAUGGCUCAGUGGGCACUCCAGAAGCACAAGGGCUACUACAAGACCUACGGCGACGACUAUAAGAAGCUCGGCCGCAAGGCCUUGGUGCCGUUUUUGUUGUAAUGCUGGCAUACCUCGUUUUAUGACUUUUUGUCGUAUUGAACUUGCUCUGACAAAUAGCUCAAAAUGCCAACUAUUAAUUGGAUACAUUUGCGAGAUUUUAGCAUAAUUUCAAUUUGAACUUGAUCAUUCAAUCUGCUACACCUCAUCGCGAGCGAUGCCGCUUGUUCGCGAUGGGGUUGAUCGGGAUGUCGUCCUUGUGUUUGUCGAGAUCUAAUCGAGGGAAGAGUUCCUUAUUGUUGAGCUGGAUGCGCGCUUCCUCGGCCUGCUCGUACGCAUCCACGUCGCCAUACACCAUCUUGAUGAGGUUGUCGAACGUGGGGUCCGGUCUUAGCGCUCGGCGGGUCGUGAAGGGCGUGUUGCACACUGGGCACACUGUAUUCUUUCCUUUUUCGUGGAUGUGUCGAUGAAUGCAGACAGUGCAGAAACGAUGAAGACAUGCCGUGAUCACCAUCGCAUCACGGAUAAUACCUAGCGUUCAUUGCGUGAGGCUUGUAGUAGGAAGGAAUAUCCAUACCAGUGCAAAUGGCGCAAUUCAGCUCUUCAUCCAAGGACGAGGCUGGAAUGUGGAGUGUCCUGUCCUGUGGCUCACGGGGCUGCCGGCAUAUGUCGUACAGAUUCAUGUCAUAUCCCGCAGCGAGACGAAAUUCCUCGUAGUUGGACGCCGUGUUGGGUUCUCGGAAAGGAUUAUGUCGCUCCACCAUAUUGUUGUACGUCGUCAGCACCUCAUCAACGUCGACGUCGGCCUCGCUGUUGCCAGUCGUCCCAGCGACUCCCGCGUCCACGGACCCAUUGUGCACCAUCGUUU